UUUAAACAUCACAAUUCCUCAUUCUUAACGUGAAAUCCACUUGCAAACUACUACUUGCUACUUCCUCAUCGAAAUUAAAGAUGGCACUUUCCAUCGCCAUCGGUAUAGUCUUCACUGCUGCUACACUUGUAGCAGCAAAGGAUUCUCUGCACCCGCUCUCUGAAGAAUUCAUAUCUUUGAUCAACUCCAAGCAAAAUUCUUGGAAGGCCGGACGAAACUUUCCAUUGGACACUCCUCUUACUCACAUCAAGGCAUUAAUGGGAGUAGUAAAAAACCCUCUGUCACCCAAGCUCCCCGCUAUAACCCAUGACGCUGACUUAAUCGCCAGUUUACCAGAAAACUUUGACCCUAGAAAAAAAUGGCCGAACUGCCCGAGUCUAAACGAAAUCAGAGACCAAGGAUCGUGCGGUAGCUGUUGGGCUUUCGGAGCUACUGAAGUUAUGACCGAUCGAGUGUGCACGUACUCAAAUGGCAAAAAACAGUUCCACUUCUCAGCUCAGGAUUUAGUAAGUUGCUGUACAGAAUGUGGUGAUGGAUGCCGUGGUGGUGCACCAAGUACAGCGUUUCAGUACUGGAAAAACGUUGGUAUCGUGUCUGGGGGACAGUAUAAUUCAUCUCAAGGUUGCAGGCCUUAUGAAAUCCCUCCAUGCGAGCACCACGUAGAUGGACCGAGGCCGAAGUGCAACGGUUUGGAUAAAACGCCAGAGUGCUUGAAUAAAUGCACAGCUGGUCAUGUGGAGUAUAAGAAAGACAAGCAUCACGCGAAAGCUGUUUAUUCGAUUGCUGAUGAAGACCACAUUAAAGCGGAAUUGUAUACUAAAGGUCCCGUUGAGGCUGAUUUCAACGUAUAUCAAGAUUUCGUUAAUUAUAAAAGCGGCGUGUACUCUCAUACAUCUGGAGCGUUCUUGGCUGGUCAUGCUAUUAAGAUCUUAGGAUGGGGAGUCGAGAAUGGCCAGAAGUACUGGUUGUGCGCAAAUUCUUGGAACAAUGACUGGGGAGAUAAGGGUUACUUCAAAUUCCUGAGAGGCCAAAACCACUGCAAUAUUGAAAGCGAUAUCGUAGCUGGGGAACCUGACUUAGAUGGGUUGUAAAUUCAAAUUGGUUCCUCCUUUUCUAUUUUCAAGUAAUUUGUUAAAUAAAGAAGUUUGAAGUCCCAUAUAUCAUAUAAAAUAA